GCGCCAUUUGUAAUUGUAAUCAAUUUUUAAUUUUGUUGCAAAACAUUGAAAACAAGACAACAUGAUCAUUAAAUUAUCAACAUUAAAUAAUAAUUUUGUAAAAAUUCCAGUUUAAUCUAUAUAAAAAUGUUGGCGAAAAUUUUGUAACAGAUAAAGAUAAUCCCACUGCUGUACCUAAAGAUCUUCGUGUCGAUUAAUUUGAGUCAAUGUUCAUUUGAAGGAGGAAAACCAGCAUUCUUAUUUUCAGUUAUGGGAGAUCAAGCAAACAUUAAAUUAGAUGUUCAAACUAAAAUUAAAACAGAAUCGCAAGAUGACGAAUUUGUCGCCGAUGAAGUUGAUAAUAGAAAGAAAGUAAAAACCGAACCUUUGGAAGAGGAGGCAAGUUGUUCGUCGAUAAGGAUUACGAAUUCCUUUUCUGUUUCCAAUGGUGUUCUGGCCUCAGGCGCUAGUUCGACGCCUAACAACUCGAAUAAUCUCAAUGACUCCAUCGCUUCACUUACCGAUAGUGUCGAUGUCGUGAAGACAGAACCCCUAGAACCAGUGUUUAUGAAAACCGAGUCAGGCGGUAAAGAUGAGGCCGAUUCAAACGCAGAGCGUAAUCGAGCUGAAAUUAAAACAGAACUCGGUACUGAUAACACCUCCAGCAGUUCUAGCCAACCUGUAAUCCCAUGUAAUAAUAUCAAGACUGAAAACACGACUAAUGCUGUCAAGAAAGAAAAUGAAAAUUCAACUGUUGAUCAGAGUACUGCUGGUACCAGUACGCUGUCUAAUUACAUUCCAGUUGUUCCUCCGCGAGAUCCGAGUAGUGCUAUUACAAACAUCCUAACGUCUUCAGUUCCAUCUACUUCUGUAUCUAGAUCACCUCCAAACGGUGCUCAAGCCAACUGCGUUACAUCAUCUACCGAUGGGAAACCAGCUUGUCGGUAUGGGAUGCGCUGUUACAGAUUGAGCACUCUACAUCGAGUGAAUUUUUCCCAUCCACCCGGAAGUGAUCCUUUGAAAAGCCCUGAAAAACCUAGAUGUAAGUAUGGAACUCGUUGUUACCGAAAGAACGAAGAACAUAGGAAACGAUUUACUCACGAUAGGUCACCCGAUAAUACGAUGAGCAAUACACGAAGAAGAAAAGUAAAAAAUGCUACUUCUCAGACAACCAGUGUUCAAUAUGAAAGCGACUCCGAUGAUUCAUAUCUGUACGAAGAUUACGAUGGCACUUCUGACGAAUUUCAUCCCGACUCUUCCGAUGAUACGGAUUCUGAUGAAACGGAUUUCGAACCUGAUGCUGAUGAUAGCCUAGUAGCUGCGUAACUGCUGAUUGAAAUAUUCAUCGGAGGAUUUCUUAUUACUUGUACUUUUUCAAUGUGAUACAUUUCGUUAACCAGAUGAGAUUUUCAAAUGUUUUUUAUUUCUUUUUUUUUCACUUUAUUAUUUUAGGCAGUAUAAGCGUUUGUUCCUGUAUUUACUUUUUUGUGUGUUCUACAUCGAAGUAUAAUAUCUCAGGGAUUGACAUAGAAUUUAGAAUUGUUUUUUUUAUACAUAGUCUAUGUAUAUUGAUAAUUGCUCAUAUUUUCUUUUGUAGCGUUACUUUUAUAUUUACGUAUAUUUUAUUCAAAUUUAACUUUCGAACAAUGAUAGUGUGUAUGUCGUUCUUGAAUAAAUAUAAAGUUCUGUUUUGCA